AUGGCUGCUGUUUAUGAUUAUGACGCUCAAGAUCGGAUAAUUUCAACGUUCUAUGAAAUAUCUUACUGGAUUUUGAUUGUAACGUUACCCAUUCAUUUUUAUGGUUUGUAUUGUGUUUUCUUCCAAAGCCCUCAUUUUCAUCGGUCUUUUAUUUAUCCUCUUGGUUUACAUGUAUUUUUGUAAGUUCUGAAUAAUAACUAUUCUGACUCUACAAAUUAUCUGAAAUUCAGAAGUGCUUUAGAAGAAGUGGUGAAUAUUGUUGUUCGUCCUGUUGUUUAUAUUCCAAUUAUUGGAAUAUUUGCUGACGGUAUCAUCACUCAUAUAUUCAAAAUCAAUGCAUUCCUUCAAAUGAUAUUUAUUGUACUUCUGGUUCAAAUAAAUACAUCCGCUCUGAUUCACAUCAGUUUUUAUCGCCUAAAAGUUAUUAUGCCAAUUACGUUCCCAUUCUACAAUCUGAUUUACAAAUGUGGUUUGAGUUUUCUAAUUCUGAUUUACGUGACCAGUAUAUUUUCUGUAUUCGGAUUUUAUUUGCUCUAUGAGGAUCAGUUUGAAGCAAAAAUGUUCUAUCAGCAGGUAAACAAACUUUACACAACGAAUUGUUAUUUUACAAUUAGAACCUGUAAUUACACUCCCUUCUGAUUCUUGAUGUGGUUACAACUACCGUAAUAAGGCAGAAAAAUAUUUUUUGAAGCCAAAACACAAAAAAUAAUCAAAACACAUUUUUCAGAAAUUUUCAACACUACCAAAAUGCUUUUGGCAAUCAAAUUUUGUUGUGUCUUCAGGUCGUUCAGAACAUUUUCAAACUUUUAUGAGUGUUGGAUCACUUUUCCUUGUGUUUCACGUAGUUUUGUCUGGUGUAAUUUUGUCAGUUGCUCAUUAUAUUCUUCAUCGAACAAAAAGUCGAAUGUCUGAAAAAGUUCUUGCAGCACAGAGAUCGUAUUUGAAUAUGCUUCUUAUUCGAGUAAUUUUGAUAGAUAAUUCAACUAAUUGUUUUGAAAAAAAAACAUGUUUACAGAUCCUUACUUUAUUAAUUUUGGAUAUCGUUCCAUACACAAUUUUUGCUCUUGCAAUGAAGCAUGUCUUCGAAGAUUCAUUUAUAAUUAUGCUCGCAUUCUUUCUGUCAUCAAUUUAUGGAGCUGCUUCAACUCUAACACUAAUUUUAUUCACAAGACCCUAUCGAAACUUUCUAGUUCAUAAAAUUAUUAGAAAACCAUCAAAAGUUACAACAAUUAUUAAAGAUGGUAUUGAUCAAGGCUAA